AUGUUGCUAUCACCAAAACGGCAUACUAGCCUCGAUUGCUUACCCGUCGAACUUAGACUUCGCCUCUUGUCUGAAAAUCCUCAGCUUAAGGUAGUAGGUCGCUCCUGGUACCGCUUAAGCAAUCAAUUCUACAGGGACUUGUGCUUGAGCGUAAAGACAUGGAAGUUUUGGUUGGAAAUACAAAAGAACGCAACUUUAUAUGUGAAAAGUCUAGAUGAUUACCGGCGAGCUGCUCGACUUAUCAACAAUGAGCGGUCGUUUUUGACUAGCGCAAGCGAUACGACUGAUUUUAUUGAGUAUUUAUGUGAUUCUUGGCACAUUUUAUAUUGCGUGCUGUUCAAGUGGCCACGUCUCUUCUUUGAAACUCCAUUUGGUGAACCCCCAGAAUCGUGGUACAGGAAGCAGGAAGUGACUGGGUCGAUUGAGAUAUGUGAAAGAAACUUAUCUCAAUGUGGACUUUGGAUCAAGAUCCUCAAGACACCUAGUCUACUAAAAAUGUUAAAGGUCCGAUUUACCGUACGAUACGCAAACGAUGCCAAUGGAGACGCAAGAAUUAUUGAAAAAACUUUGCCCGUAUUUGUCGACGACUGGUGCAAAUUUCCCGGCAUUUACUAUAUCAGUUUAGGAACUCUCGAGAUAUGCCAGGCAAGUCAUGUUUCGAAGAACAGGAGGAUAUCGCUGUGCCAAGUAAAUGCUAAGUUGGAAACUACGGCACAAAAUAGAUGUACAGAAUAUCUUCGGCCCUUGGGACUGGACUUUGUUCCAUACCAACAGGGAAAACCGGUUAUCUUGGCGCACACAGAUGAGGAAAGUUUCAGGUUCAGCGGUUUUGAGGGUUUACUCUAUCAUUCUGCAGCAUUACGAGGUUCAGAGUUGCUUGAACUGACAACAGAUGUUGGAUCAUACGACCAGGCGGGUCAUUCAAGGCGACAAGCGAAGUUCGAAGUCCGCUACCGGUUUCCGCGGGACAAGCAGACGAAUGAUAGGGGCAUCAAGAACGUCGAUUUUCCGUAUUUAGGCUGA